GAACUGUUCUCGUCACUUUUCCCGAUAUAAGUAUGAUACGUGUGGAAAAAUGUUUUUGCGUAAGUUCACAUUAAAAAGAUAUUUAAAAAAUCACCAUCAAAACGGGAGUGAACAUUCGUACACCAAUAGCUCUCAGAACUCUUCAAGAUUACUGUGCCCUGAUGAAAAAAAUUUUCAAUAAAUCAACAAAAUCUCCGCCCAUGGCUGGCGUAUGCGCCGACACGCGGUCCUAUUGACAACACCGCCGUGCGGGCAACUGAGUUGCGCAAUGUACGCGCCAUUGCUGUCUGUAUCGUGUGCCCAACGUGCCAGCCGCGUGCAAGCUCAAUUUGCCGGCUAUGUGCAAGCCCGAAUUGCUGCCAAUAUUUUGAUUUUAAAAGACAAUUUGAGAUUUUUUACUCAAAAAAUUUGUCAACUUACGUUGUUUUACAUUACCACCUACGGAAAGGAAGGCUGGAAGAAAUACGGGAUUCACUGUCUGAUGCUUGCGAAUCGUUUUGAAAAGGAAGAUUUAAACGGGGAACUUCAUCUUCUGAAGUAGAAUCAGAAUCAUAAAAAUGCUGCUGAGAGUCUUUUCUUUCCCCUCGAGAAGCGCAUAAACGUCUUCACUUUUGACUCUGAGAGAGAGAGAGUGGCAAACUUUUUCUUUUUCCCAUUGUCCAUAAUUUCUCUACUGUGCCCUUAUUUCUUUCAAAGUCCUCACUCUGACAAGUUAAAAGAACACCAAUUAAUAAAAUUUACGAGGACUAUUAACUUAACUUAAAGCUUAACUUAUAUUUAGGUUUAUAAGUAGGUACCAGAGUGUGAUAGACAAAUUGAAAGGUUGCAGUACGAACUAAUUAACCAACAAAAUCGGAAUUUUCCAGGACACAGAAUUAACAUUGUGUAAAAUGGAAAUCAACAUUAAAAGGAAAAACAAAAGUCCAUUUCCGAGCUGAAAUGUUCCUAAAUUCAGACUAAAAAUGUAUGAUUGACAAAUAGUAUCCAUUUCCGAGAAAUAUAAUGUAUCUUGUCAGAGAGUGAAUUAUAAUAGUC